GUUUACACCUAGAUGAAUAUAAUGAAAAGCUAGACUUGGCUUUUGAAUAUAGUAUUAUAGCCAAAACAUUUGAGCGAUAUAAGUCUAUGAAGAUAGAAGAGCAAUUAGCAUUAGUAUAUUGUAAAGGAGUUUAUCCUUAUAACUAUAUCGAUUCUCAUAAUAGGUUUCAGGAGACAGAACUUCCCCCUAUUCAUGAAUUUUAUAGUACUCUUAAAGCAGAUGUUUGGACAGAGUUUCAAAAAAUGUCUAUGGAAUAUUAUGAAGUUAAUACCAGUCAUUAUGUUUCUGCCCCAUCAUUAUCCUGGAAUGGAAUGCUUAAGAUAUCAGGAAUUAGGAUUGAACUUUUCACAGAUAUGACCAUGCAUGAUUUUACCAAAAAAGCUAAGCUUGGUGGUAUAUCUAUGGCUUGUCAAUAA